CUCUAGUGCUCCCUGACAGGAGGACACCUGGAGAGGUAAGAGUUCGAAAACAAUCGGAUAUAUAAUGUUUUUACAUGAACUGCCUUCUGUCAUUGCGUUGUGCUUAAUUGCAUAUAUAAGGACUUUGUACAGAAAACAAACUGCUCAAAACAAACUAAACCAAGUCUGUUUAAGUUUGAAGCUCAUCAUUUGGAUCUUAAACGUUAGUCUGACUUUAAUUACAGAUGAUGUCUUCACUGGACGGUGUUCACUGAAUGGAGAUGUAUUCAAGUCAGAGCUCCAAAGGGCUUAUAGUUUCUCUGCUAUGAUAUGUUGUCAAAGGCCAUACAGCAAAGUUGUGUCUGUGCUUUCCACUCGUUUGUAAUUUUCAGGCCUAUGGCUGAUAUAUAUCAAACAUUUGAAAUAGAUAAAACUGUUAAUUCUAUGUAAAAAACAAAUAAUAGGAAAAUUGAAGUUGCUGGUGUUUUUUGUUGACAUGUGAGUAUUGAGAUUAAUACCAUCGAUAAGAAAAAGACAAGCAAAAUGAAUGGUUGCAAUUACUAUCCACAAAGUUUUUUUUGUUCAUACAAAGCAUAUAUAAUUGCAUAUUAGUUUUUUUAGUUAAUAGUAUAUCAACAUUUAUCCUUGUACCCAAUUACCUCUGGGUGUCAGUAUUACAUUGGGAAACUAUGAUUAUUCGUCCCUCCCCUCAUAAAGCUUUUGUUUGCCGGCUGAAAGAAGCAUAGAAGGAAAUGUAAUCGAGCUUGCCACCCCACGGAAUGAUGUUGUGCAGUUUAUUAAAUAUGCGACUCACGAUGAGUUUGACAUAGACUCGUAUUGCAGCAACGGGUUUUUGUGUAUUUGUUGUUGGAAAAAGAUGGGGAUCCAACGACAAACUCAAAGAAGGGUUUGCUCCUGUUUUGCUUUUCAUUUGGCUCUCCUGUUGUUUGUCGGAAUACGGGCUUCGGCAGAAAUCAGAUACUCUAUUCCAGAGGAGGUACAAGAUGGAACUGUUGUUGGAAAUGUUGCGAAGGAUCUUGGCCUUGACAUCACCGCUUUGUUUGGCCGACGGUUCCGUGUUGUUUCUGAAUCCAAGGAUGUAUUUUUUGAGGUAAACCAGAACAAUGGGGCUCUGUAUGUGCAUAAGAAGAUCGACAGAGAGGAGCUCUGUCACGGCGGUGGUGCAUGUCUAAUUGAGCUGAAAGUCAUAGUCGAAAAUCCUUUGGAAAUACACUACGUAGUUGUAGAAAUUACUGAUGUAAAUGAUCACUCUCCUAGUUUCCCCGAAAGGGAACAGAUAUUUGAAAUAGCUGAGCAUACAUUGCCAGGGAAGCGAUUCCAACUGCACACUGCUCGUGAUCCCGAUGCUGGAAUUAAUUCUAUUCGCACAUACACUUUGACGUCAAACGACCACUUUGAAGUAGACAUCCGUCAAAGCGAUGAGGACAAAAUACCAUUUUUAGUGCUGAAGAAAUCGUUAGACAGAGAACAAAAUAACAAACACACUCUACAGGUUACGGCAGUUGAUGGAGGUAAACCUCCAAAAUCCGGGACACUAAAUGUUUCUAUUAUUGUUCUUGACAUUAAUGAUAAUCGUCCAAUGUUUAGUCAGGAGAUUUACCAAAUUGUAAUCCAAGAAAACGUUCCCAUCGGUACUUCAGUAUUUAGAAUGAAUGCUACGGAUCCCGAUGAAGGCCCCAAUGGGGAAAUUGAAUACAGCCUUGGAAAAACUCUGAAGAAAAAAGUAUAUGACAUUUUUGAAUUGGACAAAUUAACUGGAGAGAUUAGAGUAAAAGGACGAGUGGACUAUGAAGAAAACGACGUUUAUAAACUUGAUGUUGAGGCAUCCGAUAAAGGAACGCCUCCACUGACAGGUGAGUGUAGAGUAACUAUAAAGAUUAAAGACGUCAAUGAUAAUCCACCAGAAAUAGAA